GUAAAAAUUAUAACAACAGUAAGAAAAAAAUUUAUUUUAUAUGCAAUUACUGUUUUAUAGAUAACUUGAUAUUGUGUACAUAUACACUACAUACACAUCUACACAUAGACAUAAAAACUAGCAUUCUUUAUAAAUGAUGUACUAUGAUUCCUAACAUCUGAAACCCUGUUUCUAUAAAGUUUUCUCUAUGAGGUAGCAAAUUCAGUGUCAUUAAAUAAAAAAAAUAAUUCGUCAUGGAUUAAUUUUAAAUUUAAUAAAAAAUAAGAAACCAUAUCGUUAAUCUAAGUACAAGUUCAAAUUUUGCAGAUCAAAAUUCAUUGGAAACCGUAUUUCACUUAAUUUUCCACUCGAAACUUGGACUGUUACAAAGUUUUUAAAUUUGUGGCCUCGGUUGUGGCAAUGCUUAAAAACUCAAAGCUAAUGGAACUUGAGUGCUGACAGAUUUAAGUAAAAUUUUUGUUUCUAAAGUUCUGUAAGAAACGAAAUGUCCAAUAGAACUUAUUGACUUUCUGGCAUAUUUUGACCUGUCAAAUUGAAUGUCGAAAACAAAAUAACGCUAUCCUAUUCGUUUUCUACUAAAUUCCAAAAUCUUAUAAAAAAUCACUUUUUAUUCUUAUAGUUAUUAAAUCAAAUCGACACUACUACGAACUAAAAAGGCGAUGGGCUACAUUAUAUUUAGGUAGAUCGUAUACCAUAAAAUUAUUAAAUCGAAAAGUAAAAAGCAUGCAUUAUGAAUGGUCAGUAGAAAUGCUGUUUAAGAUAGUUAAGAAAACUUUAUUACAUCAAGAUAUUUUUCAGUUAUGUUAUUCAUAGAUAAGCUCAUUUGAAUAUGUGAUCAAUAAUCUACGUUCCUACGUAAAUAAAAAUAAUAGCAUGAAUAGCAACUCAAUAUCGUAUGAAAAAUUGUUGAUGAAAAUCAAUGCUUAAGAGUCAGUCAUCGAUGUUCUCGUUACUUAUAUGAAAUGUAAUCCUUGCGGGAAAUAUUAGCCUCAUGCAUCACCAAUCGAUCGACGAGUAAUUGUCGUUGAAAAGAAAACUAGUACUCAGUUAACUCUCUGUCCGCGAACGAAAUGCUCAAGACCAUUCUCAUCACUUUUAUUCCAAGAUUUUUCUUGGUAAUAUUGACAAAUGCGAGUGUUGAUCAUGUAACAGUAUGCAAUGAACUAACUUGCGAAAUGAAUGAGCAAUGUGUCAUUCGCAAGUUUUGGUGCGAUUAUAAUGUGUGUCCUCAAAUGAUUUACUGUUCAAAGUCACAACUAGAGUCACUGAGAGGUCCUGAAACUUGCAAAUCAGUUUUCUGCCCCGAUGGAUACAAAUGCGUUCUUCGAGCUCAUGAAUGCACGUGGAAUAACGACUGCAAACAGCGUUUUGCUCGUUGCAUUUCCAAUGUAGAACUUGCAGAUGAGCCAGUUUCCUGUUUAAAUGUUAAGUGUGGAAAAGGCCACCAGUGCGUUCUUAGAGAGACGCACUACUGCCCGAGGCCACCUUGCCGACUUACCAAGAGCUGCGCUUAUUCAGAAGAUGUUGAAAUAUGGUUCGACAAGUGCAGACAAUUGGGCUGUCGUUCCGAGCACGACUGCUUCCUAAGAAGACCUGCAGAAAAAUGUGCAAUGUCGUCUUGUGCCCACAUACCCGACUGUCUUGUUACGCCAAACACCUUUGAAUCCACUUCAAGCAAGCUUUGCUAUGGCUGGAUCUGCCCAAUAGAUCAAGUAUGCUCGGCACGACUGCAAGCUCCCUGUAACACCCCGGGCAACAAUUGUCCAAUUCUUAGAUCCUGCAGUCGACCUUCAUCUGAUCUUACGCAGCACCCGGGCAUUCGGACGACCCUUUCGGACAUUGAGAAAGAUAUUUUACUCGGGGAGCAGCGUAGACUGCAGCAGUAUCGCGAAGCGAUGAAUUUCACGGAAAAGGAUAUUCAGCGAUAUUACGAUGGUUUUUUAUCCAUAGCUGGUCCAUCCUGGAAAAAUCCAGACUACGCAGCGUCCCCUAUGAAGUCGGGGCGGGUGAGUGUGAGUCCGAUUAUGCGGAGCACAUCCCAGCACGGUGGCGAUUCAGUCUGGCUGACCUAUUUGAAGCGUCGAACUGGAGCCGAGGCGGUUCGAUAUUGGAUCGACAAGGCGAAAAGUAAUCAAGACUAUGAGGGUUUUGUAGAAUGGCUGAACACCGUAGAGGAGCUUCUCGAUCCGGACACUUACCGACUUUGGCUGAUGGAAGUAGAGUCAGCAAGCGCCAAUGUACCCGAAUUUCAGGCGUGGAUUUCGCUGCGCAAUCUCGCGGCCCAUCGGCUCGCUGCUGUUGCCUCCCCCACUCAGAGGACUCUUCCAGUUUCGAUAGCCGACAGAGCGAAAAAUCUCUUCUACAGCGAUAAAAGCUUGGCAUUUGGGGAUCACCGACAAAAGGCCGAGUCGGGAGGCGCGAUUCGGCAGCCGGCCAAUUUCAAAUUCAACGAGGCAAGUCAAUUGGAGGAUGGCCGACUGGCACAUCUUGAGAUUCCAUUCCGACCUCAAGGUCCGUCGGAUGUUGCCUACGGGCUGCCACAGAACUUUGGAGGAGUCGUCAAGAACUCGUGGAACUCGUGGCAAUCCUAUUAUCAGUUAAAGCCGCCAGGUCUGUCCGGAUCGGCCGGUGGUCAUUUGGAUACGAAGGCUCGCCAAAAUGCAGGCGUGCCGCAAAUGUUUUUCGUAGAUGAUCGAUACGCCACGGCAUUAAAGCAUCAGGAAGUCUCGGCGGCACGAAGUCUCGGAGCGAUGAUAGAGCAGAUUGAAGAUUUCAAAAAGAUUCGGCCAAACGUUGCCAAAUUGGAACCCAGUCAGUCCACGUCACAGCUGAUGCUUUCAUCUAGUCCUAAGGAUAAUAAGCCGCUGCCAAAUUUAUUGAUUUACUUUCCUCCACCCUUGAAUUUUUUCAUUUAUUAUUUCGUCGGGAGUAGUAACAAUACCGAAAAUAUUACUUUACAAACCAACGAUAAGGAUAAUUCUAAAUCUCAAGUAGGCAUGAGAAUGUUCAAUAGUGAUAGUUAUAUACCGGAAGACUAUGAUGAUAACCCUAACUUUUAUAACAAAACUAGUCCGGUAGAGAAACAAAAAGAAUUUGAAUUCAUUCGAAAAAUUAUUAAAGAACUCAUAAAUUACUGGGACGAUGAAGAACAAUCGUUGGGUAAAUCCGACAAAUUUAAUAACAAUGAUACAGUAAUCAGAAUGGGAAAUUAUAACGGAAAGUCACAAAGCGUCACUAGUAGCGUUACUCACGGAAUAAAAUUCGAAGAAGCUGAAGGAAAAUCAACUUUCAACAAAUUUUUAGAAUGGUUAUUCGAAAAUGGUCAUAUAAACUCGACACAAUUGUCGAACUCGAGUUCGAGGAAAACAUAUCCACUGGUUCCUGAGGAGUCAGUUCAUUCUCCCAAUUCGCGGAAUUCUGAAAAUAAUACAAACACAACAUCAGGGAAAAUCCGUAUACUUGUCGAUAUCGAUAAAAAUCCGGAAAUAAUAAAAAAAUUAUUUUCAAAGGAUAUCACUGACAAGAAAAAUGACUCAAAUUCUCGACAAUAUCAAGUAAUUGUUAAUUUGGAUGAGUACGCCGAAUCCCAAGAAAAAGAUUUAAUAUCCCAAAAAUUAAUCAAUAUAGCAUCGACAAAAUUACAUCGAAAUAUAACUGGAGACGAGAAGAUACCAAAAAUGUUGUGGGUGUUCCCGGUAUAUGGAAAUGAAGAAAAUGAAACAAUAUUAAAUGAAUUUAAAGAAAGAAAUAGAGAACAAAUUAAUACAUUGGUAAACGUAGAUGUUCCAACGACACAUACUGAUAAUAACGACAGCUAUCAUAAUUUACCAGACAAUCAUAAAACAAAUAGCAGCAUGAGAAAUGUGAAUCAAGUUAACAAUUCUAGCAAUGAUCAGUCUAAUGUUGACAAUUCAACUAAAGAUGCCGAAGGCGAAUAUUAUGAUGACCAUGAUAUGUACGACGAAUACGAUUACGAGUAAAGCGACUUAAAUGUAUCGAUGGAAAACUGAUCGUAUACAAAAUGAGAUUUGUAUUAAAUUAAGAAUUGUUAUAAAUUAGUCGAAUUUAAUAACGUGAUCUUUAUGGAAAUAAAAGUAAUUUCG